CUGGAAAACCGUUUCCAUUUCAUUUCUCACUGGAUUCCAACAAUAGAAAGGAAAGAAAAUAAUGGAUUUUAACGCAUACCCAUCUCGUUUGCCCAUGUCUUCGUUGUCUUUGUUUGGAGAUUUCAUUGAAAAGAUCAAAUUUUCUUGCAAUUUCGCUGUUUCUGCCAUCAUUGGGAAUAUUUUCUCUGCUAUCUUAACCUUCUUCUUUGCAUUAGUGGGAACCUUGUUAGGGGCCAUGACGGGGGCUUUGAUAGGACAAGAAACGGAGAGCGGUUUUGUUCGAGGCGCUGCCGUUGGGGCCAUCUCCGGUGCGGUUUUCUCGAUCGAAGUCUUCGAGUCUUCCCUGGUUCUUUGGCAAUCUGAUGAAUCCAGGAUCGGAUGUUUGCUUUACUUGAUUGAUGUCAUUGCAAGCCUUCUAAGUGGGAGACUUGUUCGAGAACGAAUUGGUCCCGCGAUGCUGAGUGCGGUCCAAAGUCAGAUGGGAGCUGCUGAAACAACUUUUGAGGAUGUCCAGAACAUAUUUGACGUUGGUGGUUCCAAAGGAUUGGCCGGAGAUUUGGUCGAAAAAAUCCCAAAGAUCAAAAUCACAAACAAGAACAACGUGGAUGCUUCCGGGGACAAAGUUUCCUGUUCUGUUUGCCUGCAGGACUUUCAGCUCGGAGAAACAGUUAGGAGCUUGCCGCAGUGUCAUCACAUGUUCCACUUGCCUUGCAUAGAUAAGUGGCUCACUAGUCAUGGUUCUUGUCCAUUGUGCAGAAGGGAUCUGUAAUCUCGUUUCUUUUUUCUCUGUAAAUUGUACAAUUAGAAUAGUUCUUCAUAGUUUAUUUAUACAGUCGUUUCUCACCGGUGCAUGUGUAUUCGAGUAGCCGAAUUACCCUAUUCUUGAUAUCAACUCUUGCCAUAAAAGAUUUUGUUAUGAAAAGAUUUACAGUGUCUAGUUAAGAAUCCUUGCAAGAAUCAUCUAGUGUUCUUUUAUCGGUUAAUGGCCGCUGCCGGUUUGGGAACGAUCUUAUUAUCGGAUCCGACUUUGAGCUUUGGAUGCAUUGGAAUUUGAAGGAAAACUGCACUCUCCGGUGGAACAUUUUGAUUUAAUACAAUAUGCCCUCCCUCCAAUGGAAGUCGCUGAUAUCGUCAUUCUGGAAGCAAAUGUUGCCACUCAUGAUUCUGGCAGCUGAUUUUAGUUUAUUGUCCUACUGUUUUAGGCUCUUUUCAAUUCAAAAAAAAAAAUGAAAGGUCUGAA